AUGGCCAGUGAGAUGAGGCAGAAUUUAGAUACUUUUAGUCACUAUAUUUGACGACAUUUUUCCAAACUUUGGUGCAGAACAUACUGUCACCAUCAGCAUUAAAGAAAGUUUUUUGUGUGGGUUAAAGCAGUACAAAAAAUGUAGAAGAGUAAAGUAUCAAAUAUCUCAAACUCGUCCGGCCGGAAGGGUCCACAUUUUAUGAGAGAUCUGCAUCUGGAAAAGUUUUAAGUGCUUGUAAAUGGUUUUGUGGGACCAUGGAACUUAUCAAUGAAGAAGUAGCCUUUUAAAAAGUUCUCAAAAUACGGACUGCAUGAAGGGUUGAACUUGGAAAAGUGAGACACAUGCGACACGUAUGUCUGCAUCUCUGGUGAAAUAUGGUGUUUAAAAUUUAAAAAUCUGUCUCGUAGGAAUUGUGACAUAAUAAAACGCCGUGUACAUGUGUGACAUGUUACGUAUUUUGCCAUGUUUCCGGCUUAAAACGUGAGAAAAGCGGAGACCUGGAUGUCAAGAUAACAUAAAAGUCUGUCUCAGAUGAAGUUAUUAACUUUUGGUUGGUAGUUAAGUUUUAAGUUUACUAGUCGGUGCAGUCAGUAGCAGCCCACACAGCUACAUACAUUUAUUCAUCAAAUUCAUCAAGUAGAAAAACUACCGUGCAAUUUUGUUUUGCUUAAUUUUAUAGACUUUGGGCUUGGUUCAUUAAGUUUCCGUCGUGUAUGUGUACAUGUCGAACUAAUAAUUUUCUGGUGUGGCCCACUUCCUCCCACUCGUAAAUACUCUUGUGAUACAUCAUCAUCAUUAUCAUUUAUUGUUACGCAAUCCAAAAUCCAUCCCCAAUAUUUUUUUUCAUGGGGGAAUGGCCACACAGAGAAAUAAAUAAAUAAACAAUUUUUGUCUGCCUCUUCUUCUCAACCGGACAUUUUAUCUGACGUCAAAAAACUGGAACUUUUAUACAUAUUUAGUGUCUGUAUUAGAAACUUAAUAAUUUCGAUUUUUGAUAACAAAAUAUAAUAAAAACCGGUUUGUCAGAGGAAACAGCAACUACAAACAGUGUGAGAACUGUAGAUUGGAUUAUUGGAACCGUUAAUUGUGCCCAGAUGAACCACGACCCUUAAAAUUUGGGCUAUCCAAAUUUCCAAUCAAGAUGCCAGCCGAAACAAUGAUAUCUUCCCCGAGCAGAAUGAUGACCACCCCAAUGCCUACGAAUCAUCACCAUCACAAGGGCACCGUCCUCCCUGCCAACACGAAAGGGCCCAAUAAUUCCCUCCUCUUCUCCAAAGGGCUCUCCGAAGAUCAUAAAUCACCAAAUUCUCGACUUUUGCAACUCGCCGAACGCACCAGUAAUCCGGCCCGAAGUCAUAAUAACAAAGGGACAAGUUCCUCAUCCUCGAGUCAUCUCCUCAGCUUUAGGAAUGUCAUAUCUCCCUCGAAAUCUUCGACCUCUUUUGCACGAAGGAACACCUCCAUCCUCAACUCGUCUCAAUCUCCAACAUCUCCAGGAGAGAAAUGUGCUGUGAGACAAAAUCCCAAACUUUAUACGAGCUUCUCUUCCAAGAGUUGUUCCAAACUGACCAAAGCAUUCAUUCGAAGUGAUCCGUUAAAAACGAAUAUUGAGCAUCUUGUGAGUCCCAUGCAUAAUAAUAACAAAGCCGGGCCGAAAAGUCCUUCACAUUCCGCAAAUUCCGGUCAAGGUGUCAAUACCUCGUCAGUGUCCUCUUCCAGUAGUAGUAGUCCUACUAGCAGAGGAGGUGGUAGUGGUGCUAAUUUGUCCUCCAGUGAUCACAACUCUGACACCAGUUUGAGCAGUGGUCUCUCAAACCUAAUCACUCCGUUGAAAGCAAUCCACGCCAGUUUUCACGACCGGUCCAAACUCUCCAACGCCUUUGCGCCAAGAAGUCGACUUUUUUCGCAAAAGGAUAAAUCAAAGUCGUCUCCAAAACCUUCUCCUGUGUCACGAAGGGAAAAUCAUAGUCCCGAUUUUCUCGAGUACUUCGGCAACCCGUGUAACCAACUGGCAGUCAAUAAUUCUCAGCAGCAAUCCCCCGAAGUAGGACUCCCCACCCGAAAUAAUAAUAACGCCUACUCGACCCCCGACAUACUCGAAAACGUCCUCGGAGUAGAGGACAAUGACACCAACUACAUCAUUCUAGACCGCAUCGGGCGACGCGCCUCGGAAGACUUUAUCAAUCGGAGUAAUAACACGAAUAGCCUUGUUCCUAAAGGGGGACGAAGUCACUCUUCUUCAUCUUCAACAAUACCACCAGACGAAAGCAUUACUAACAAAACUCCUCACUCCAACAAGAGUAAAAGUCCUCUCAUCAUAAGUGGGACACCAACUCGACACGACAAUCAUGUCCAAAUUAGUAACAGGAAUCUAUUAAGAGAUCAAAAUCAUCAUCCCCAACAGAAUCUAAUUCCAUGCACAACUCCAACCGUUUCUAAUUUGCAUACGGAUAUUAAUUACAAUAAUAAUAGACACGUAGUCGUCGCAUCUCCUCCUCGUAAUAAAAGCAAGCCAUCGCCAUCGGAUACGGAAGGAGGUGGAAUUAUUGCGAUGAAUAUAAGUGCAAUGAAGAUGAGUACGGCGACCCCAAUGAAGAUCUCUUCAUCCGCAGCGUGUCGAGCCCAAAUAGUUACACUCUCGGCGAGAUCGUCAUCUGACGAGGCUGACACCACCAUCACCACCACGUUAAAGGAACAACAACAAUCCACUAAGAAGAAUGUAGGGACAGCAGGUGCUGCACAUUUAAAUUCUAAAGAGUCGUCGCACAACCACCAAAAUUUGCAUCUGCAGCAGCAGAGUUGUAAUAACAACGACCACGACCACCAGAAAGUAUGGGCAGAUUAUCCUUCCACGUCCACCUCCUCCGGCAUUAAUUCCUCCAAUUCGUCGAAACUCACCGAAAGCGGAAGUAAGUCUUCUGUUUGGAAUAAUUCCAAUUAUGCCACGAGCACAAGUUGUAAUGGACAUGGACACAGUGUUUAUGACGACAAUGAUGAAUGUGCUCCUGUUCCACCACCGAUUCCGAAACGAUGUUCGACAACAACAACAUCUUCUCAUCUUUUGGUCGUGUCGCCAAGAUGCAAAUCUACACCUGUUCCUCCUCCUCCGAUGACUUUUAAUGAAAUGAAAAGUGUUUCUACUACGAAUCCCGUUGUUCUUCAGGGCAGGAACAAUGACACCAAAAGUGCACGACCGCCUCCACCUCCGCCGCCGAAACGCAAUUUUACUAAUGGUUCAAGUAGUAACUUGAUAGUUCGGUCGGAAAAGCGCUUAAAUAGUUUGAUGCAUUCCUUCAGCUUUAGUUUUGGGAGGUCGAAAUGUGGGAACAACGGAUGUGGUCGUGGUGGGAUUUACUCACCCUUGGAAAAUGAGACAAUUCCAACUCCACACUUGAAUAGGAAUCGUUCCAGAUCGUUGCCAAAGUCAUUCUUGUCUGGGAACCGGCAUCGGAAUAAAGGUCAGGACUUGAUGGGACGGAGUGCUUUACCCAGUCUAUGGAUUCACGACGAACCCAGUUUUGAGAGAUUAUCGGAAGAAAAGAUAAGCCCACAGUCAUCUCCCCUGUCUGAAGAUUCGGAUAUUACUGACAGCAAGAUGAGAUGGCAAAAGACCACGGCGUCAUCCAACUCCUCGUCGUCUUCAACCAUGUCGGGAGAAGGUCAACAGCGACGCCCAAAAUCGUUCGAUUGUUCACAAAGAAAAGCAUGGAUGAAAUACUAUCGUGACAUGGAAAUAUCGUCGGUCAGUACGACAGCCAAUACUAAUCCUGGUGUCACUCCGUCAUCGUCCUCGUCGUCGUCCUCCCAUUCGACGAAACCUCACAGUAAAAUUACCAAAGGAAGUAUCAGUCAUCUUCAUCUGCUCCCUCCACAGCCUUCAAUUGACCAACUUGGUCCAGGAGACGGUGGAAAUUCUUCUUCGUCCUGCAAAAUCCACGGACAUCCUAAUCCCUCCGAAAUGGGGGUUCCCAGACGCACUCCAGACACGCUGGGACUCACACCAAGCUUAUUUCAACGAUUUUCAAAAACAUUUUCGCUUAGGUUCGGAUCAAAUUCUAAUAUGAAUAAAGUGGGAGGAGGAGGUGGUGGUGGUCAGCCAGGGGGAGUGAAGGUCAAAGCGGGCAAGUCAUCAUUAGCGGUGGGAAGUAGUCCGGAUUUGCAUAAUCGCUUUGAUAACGGCGAUAUGCAGAGUGGGAAAAUGAGGAAAGAAAAAUCCAAAUCCAUCCGUGGCGAAAAAUGUCAAAGUGGAGACUCUGGCAUCGGAAUUGACGAAUCCCAUCAUCCAACCAGUCGUUUGAGGCGGAUUCGUUCUGAAUUUAUCGAAACGUCAUGUCACCUCCAUCCAGACGCAGCCUCAACUUUUGGCAAUGGUGCUCCUAGUCGAAACUCGUCCGCCGCAGUGCUUUACGCCGGCGAGUGUGCAUCAGCCAUUGGAAAAAUGUCCCUUGUCGAAAUACCUUAUUGGGAAGAAGAAAAAGAACGACAGCAGCAGCAGAGGAAAAACGUGGGCAGAGGUGGAACUCUCGCCGCAUCGUAUGAAGAUGUCCUCGAAACAAAACUUGAUGGUGAUGAGGACGACGGAUUUUCCUCCGGUGAAGACAGUGGCAGCCGAACGGGUAAACUGAGUGACAACGGACCUGACGACAUUAAUAAUGACCGUCACGAUAACCCAGCAGCCUAUCACCACUACCAUUCCCUCCCUCAUAAAAAUUCGAGAAAGGGAAAGAAAGAAAAUAGUCAUCACCCCAUCAACUUAACCCCCUCAGGACGUAGUAAAAGCUUAGAAGACGAACAAGACCAACAAGAUGAUAAAAUCAUUAUCGAGGAUAACAGCAUCAGAGGAAAAGUCAUUCGAGAAAUUAUCCUAACUGAACAAAAUUAUGUCAAAACGCUCAAUGAUAUUGUACAAGGAUUUCUAAAUCCGUGCCGAGCUCGGGUAGAUUUAUUCAGUGGAGAAAGUGUGCGAAAUAUCUUUUCCAAUGUUGAAGACAUUCUCAGACUUCAUGCCAGAUUUUUGGAAGCGAUGAAAGAGAGGAUUCAUCCCACUGCGAUUUCAAGUUCGCAUAUUGGCCAAAUCUUUACAGAAUGGGCCGACCACUUCAACCUGUACUCUGAGUAUUGUUGCAACAAUCCAAUUUCAAUGGCUACAGUGCGAAGCUUGAUGGAAAACCAGGAAUAUGCAGAGUUUUUCGAAGCUUGUCGCAGACUACAAUUAAUGGACAAGCUGCCCCUUCACGGGUUCCUGUUGCGUCCCAUCCAACGGAUUUGUCAAUAUCACCUUCAGUUAGCAGAACUGCUAAAACAAACUGAACCCACGCACGAAGAUUAUCCCUCCGUCGUAGGAGCUGUCGAGACCAUGAAGAGCGUGGCCAUGAGAAUAAACGAUACACAGAGACAGUUCGACUCACUGCAGGAGAUUAUACGUUUACAAAAUUCUAUUGAGGGAUGGGAGGGGUCGGAUCUCUUGAAUCGCAACUCGACCAUUCUGACGAAAGGAGAACUGGGGAAGAGUACGCCUGGGAAGAAGAUGAAAGAUGUGUUUUGUUGUCUACUAAAUAAGGAUUUGGUAUUUUGCAAAAAGGAUUACAUAAAGAAAGGAGGGUACGUAUUUGAUGGCAGGAUAGACCUUGAAGUUGGAGUUUGGCUGAAUAUUGACAGCAACGAAGAAGACGAGUAUUUCGGCAUGGUUCACAACUCUUGGCGAAUUUACAGCCAUGAUCAAAAAACUUGGGUCUUGUUCACCGCACCUACCCCCACCGACAAACGGAGAUGGAUCACCUCCCUCGAAAACGCAGUUCAAGUCAAGCCUGCGGACCCAAGAAUGUGCACCAUGGCCAAGUUGACAACCAUGUUGUCCGAAGAUCGACCACAUCAUCACCAAUCCCAAAAUUACUCUUCAAAUUUUAACACGUUACCAAAAUCUAGUAAGAAAUCGAAAGGCAAAGUGAGUAACGGAACGAAUGGAAAAAUUGAUGCGGACGCAAUGCUGAUCGAAGUCAGUAAAUUAAAGCGAUCCACGUACACUAAUGGGGUUCAACAACAGCACCAGCAAUUGCAACCCGUUCUACAAAAGGAUAACAGCAGAGCCUCAAAAUUUUAUGUUUGAACAUGACAAAUGCUAAAAUCUACCUGUAUUUUUUAACCAGCCUGGUUAAAUGAAAUGACCAACAAGACUUUUGUUGACUAAUUACUGCUAUGCAUAAAUAUUAUUUCAUAACUGCCAUAUUAUUUUUUAAAAAAGAUACGAGUUUUUUAAACAAUAUUAUUUGUUUGUACUGACUAUUUUAAUAAGUGUACAAUUACCUAAUGAGUUUUAAACAAAAUAAAAGUGCAAUUUUCCCAGUUUUGCGCAAAAUGUGGAGUCAAUAAUUUUUUGUCUUAUUUAAAUAAUGAACUUUUACCUUAUUUUUUAUUUAAAUAUAUUACACCAUGACGUAAUUGAGCGUUGUAUUAUACAAAGCUAAAGUUUAGAGAUUAAUAAUAAAAUACCUAAAUAAUUAUAUAAUAAUUAUCACACAAUUUAUCAUUGUUUGUUUUACUAAGCGUAUAAUAAUAAUGAGCGAAUAAAAAUUGAGUGUCAUAAACUAC